UGGAAAAUCAUUAAAUUCUGUUUGUACUGUCUUACACAGUGUUUCAGCAUUUUAGAAUUUGGGUUUAUACUAUUACUAUACUAUACUCUUAAAAGAACUAUAAUGACAGUAUUGUACACUUUUAAUUCAAUUUAUUGAUUAGAUUCUGGCAAACCUACGAGGAAACAAAUCUUAAACAUCAUGAUAAACACAACAGGUAUGAGGCCCAACCUGAACAGCUUACAAUAACAAGGAGGCUGCACCCAAAGAAAGUAAAACUUGCCUGGUUGCUCUUUUGCUUGGAACAUACUUGAUUUGCCAAGAGAGGUUCAGGUAGAGGAGCUGUAUGAGAGCGGCUGAGUGAGCAGUACUCAACAUCAAAGGAGGCAAAAAUGCUGAAAAAACUCUUUAACAUCCUGGCCUUUUUUACUAUCGUCAGUUUGGCAUGUUUUAUUGUGCUUCUAUUCCACAGCCAAAACAACACUUUAAUUUGUUUUACAAAGCCACAACAUAUGGCAAAUGGAGACGACACACCUGAACAUGUUCAACUGAUGACUACUACAAUCAAGACCCUGGGACCCUGCCCUGACACCCCUCCAAAUCUUGUGGGUUCACUCCAUGUAAAGCUUUAUCCUAAACUGACUUUGGACGAUGUGAGAAAGGAGGUCGGACCUCGUCUUCAAGAAGGAGGACAGCACAAACCACCAGACUGUAUUGCCCAACAGAAGGUGGCGAUCAUCAUCCCAUUCAGAAAUCGGCAUGAGCACCUUAAGCACUGGCUGUAUUACCUCCAUCCUAUUUUGAUGCGACAGCAGUCGGACUACAGAGUGUAUGUCAUCAACCAGGAUGGAGAGGGAGUGUUCAACAAGGCUAAACUGAUGAAUGCAGGCUACACUGAAACACUGAAGGAUUACGAUUUUGACUGCUUUGUCUUCUCUGACGUAGAUAUGAUUCCUAUGGACGACCGCAACCUCUACAGAUGUUUUGAUAAUCCUCGACACUUGGCUGUGGCUAUAGAUAAAUUUAGGUUCAAGUUACCCUAUCAAAACAUCUUUGGUGGGGUGUGGUCAUUGUCCAAGGAGCAGUUCUUGAAGAUAAAUGGCUACCCAAACACUUACUGGGGCUGGGGUGGUGAGGACGAUGAUAUUUAUAGGCGGAUAAUCUACAGUGGAAUGUCCAUUUCUCGACCUGACCCGGAGGUGGGAAGGUACAAGAUGCUCAGACAUAAGAGAGACUUGCACAACGAACCUAACCCAAGGAAUCCUAACAAGCUGCGCCACACCUAUUUGACCAUGAAUGAAGAUGGGAUUAAUUCCUUAAACUACACAGUCAAGGAGAUUGUGAAGGAUAAACUGUACACUUAUAUCACUGUGGAUGUUGGGGUUCCACCAAGCUAAAUGAGGACAGAACCUGUGGAUCUGCUGGAUUGAUUCACUGGUGUCACAGUGUAAGGUGUGAUUUUAUGUUUUUAAAAUCUUUGGGAAUCCAGUUCAUCCAGUCUGUCUCAUUUAACCGAGGGCAGGUGUGUAUCUUUGCAUUGAUUUACACAAACCUGUUCGCAUGUAUUGUAUGUUUCUCUAAUUCAUUCUAAUCAGAUGUAAAAGCACAAUUACCCUUUAAAUGAACCUGUGAUGCAUAGAGCCGACACAGUCUUAUACCAACAUCGUCACUUUGUCAGUAGACUUUUAUGUAUAUACAUGAUGUGCUAUUUAUUUUGUUAUUUAGCCUGGGGCAGGUGUGUGUCUUGGGCCUCUAGUUUCGCAGACCGGGCGAUGUGGAGGCGCAGCGCACCUGCUCUUCGCCAACUGGGUGUGGCCAGGCGGAUUUUG